AUGCACUCUUUUGGGUAUAGAGCGAAUGCUCUGCUCACGUUCGCUGUAACGAUACUUGCCUUCAUCUGCGCGAUUGCUUCCUUCUCUGAUAACUUCAGUAACCAAACACCCUCUGCUCAGAUCCAGAUAUUGAACAUCAAUUGGUUCCAGAAGCAACCCCAUGGUAAUGAUGAGGUCAGCUUGACACUGAAUAUAACAGCGGACUUGCAGUCACUAUUUACUUGGAACACGAAGCAGGUGUUCGCUUUUGUAGCUGCAGAGUAUAAAACCUCCCAGAAUUCCCUGAAUCAGGUUUCUCUAUGGGAUGCCAUAAUAGGCGAGAAAGAGCAUGCCAAGUUCUGGAUACAAAUAUCAAAUAAGUACCGUUUCAUCGAUCAGGGACACAACCUUCGAGGGAAAGACUUCAACUUGACACUGCACUGGCAUGUUAUGCCCAAGACUGGCAAAAUGUUUGCUGACAAAAUAGUAAUGUCUGGUUAUCGUUUACCCGAUGCAUACAGAUGA